CAUUUGAUAUUAAAAUUGUAUAAGUCGAGACGAAUCUAACAAGUCAACACAUGACUAUAUUUAUAAAAUAUAAACUGUCAAAAUGAAAUACAUGCAUAAUGUAAAAGUCAAACCUGUUGCAAUUAUUAAAAAAUGGAGGAAGUACUUUACAAUUUAAUUGAUUUAAAUAAAAUAAGAGGUAAGUAGGGUGAUGAGAGCAUUAAAAAAUUGUAAAGAAAUAUAGUUUAAUAAUUUAUAGAAAAAUAAGUAAUAGUGGUAUGGGUGCAUGAGACCAUGAGAUGAGAAAAAUAUAAUACUCCAUCCGUCUCUUUAUUAAAUCCCUUUUCUUUUUUAUUAUUUAUUAUGUGAGUAAUCAAUGUUAGAAAGGGGACUCUAAUAACGGGACGGAGGGAGUAUUAGAAAAAAUAGAUUUCUUCACUAUUUGACAUUUUAUGUUAAAAAGACCGUUAAAUGUAACGUUUUGAAUAAAUUUAUUCGACUUUUAUGCCCAAAACAUGCUAUUAUUAUCGAGAAUGCUUUAUAUUACAUGUUUCACGCAAACUGAGUUAUUUUUCCGCACGCAAAAUGAUGCAAUUUCAAUUAUUUCUUGUAAAUUUGACAUUAAAUCGGUUCUUUUGGACAAAAAUGAUCCCUGAAAUUCUAAAGAGCAUUUUUUUUGCACGAAAUUUGAAGAAUUAUUUUUAAAUGUUAGGUUUAACGUAUUUCUUGUCAAAUGGUGAAAUUUUUUUUUGUUGGUAUUAUAAAAUAAUUUUUCUUAGGGAGGUAAUUUCAACAAAUGGGUUUUUGUAAAUUUUUCUAAAAUAAAUCAAAAAAGAAUCUUUCUAUCAAACUUACGAUCAUCGUUGAAUAAAUCUUGUCGUUUUUCAAUAAAAUUAACGUAAGUUCAGCUAAUACAAGAUUUAUUGUAAAAAUUCAUAAAGGGGGUAAACAACCUAAAGUUAUGUGUUUGUGUAAAUAAUAAACAAUUUUCAUGAAAAUCAUUAGAAAAAUACUGAGAAAGUAUUAAAAUUCCUCAAUUAUACUUGUAUCUUAUUUAAUGGAUCUUGCUAGAUGUGUCUUUAAAAGUUGUAAAUGAAACUGCUAAUUGUAUUAGUAGUGAUUUUAUCAUGCUCAUUUUAUAGAAGAUUGUAUUAUUUGAGGAAACACUUUUUUUCUUGUUUACCGUUUUUGGAUUUUUUUUCUUCUAAAAAAUAGAAACCUAAAAACGAUAUAAAACAAGCCCUCAAUUAAUACAAUCAACAGUUUUAUAAAGCCACUAAUUUGAAUCUUUUUGGCUAAGGUAGUGUUUAAUAAAUCUUCUAUAAAAUGAGUAUGAUAAAAUCACUAUAAGUACAAUUAACAAUUUUAUUUACAACUUUUAAAGACACAUCUAGCAAUCCUAUUUGCUUAGGGUUUGGCUUCUACAUCCAUCUUCCUCAAAUUCUCAUUUUUCAGGUAAUAAAAAUCCUAAUUUCUUCAUUUCCCGAGUUAAAGUUGCAAUCAGUGAGUUAAUAUUUUGAUUCCCCUAUAUAAUUUGAUUAAAAAAUUGGAUUUUUUUUGUUAGAAACUACCUAAUAAAAUCAUGAUCUUGUGAGAAGUUACGUAAUAAAAGGUUGUAAAAGACGGAAUAACUCAGGUUUGAUUUCCACCAUUGAUCUAAUUUUCUUAUAUUAACCCACCUCAAAACACCCCUAAAACCACCAUGAGGGUUGUAGUAAGACUUUUUUUGGGAUUGUUGGGGGAUAUUUUGAGUUAGUUGGUAUUGGGAUUCGAGAUGAUGGUUUUUGAGGUAAGAGAGGGUGAUUUUGAUGUUGGAGGGUGGUUUCGGCGUGAUGGAGGCAAUUUCAUGGGAUGAAAGAGGUGGUUUCAGGAGAUGUUUUGAGGUGGGUUAAUCCGUUAAUGCAUGAAAAUUUGUUCAACGUGGAAAUCCGGCCAUAUGUAGUAUUUUACAAUAUUUAUCUCUGGUAAUUUCUUACCAUUUUUUAUUUUUUAUUUUAAAUUUUUUUACUGGGUACUUUCUCACAAAAUCUGUAUUUUAUUAGGUAACUUUUGACUAGAGAAUCCAAAAAAGUUUUAAUUUUGCAAUUUCAUUGAUGUUUUUGUAUUAAUUUCUGCAUUAGGUGAACAUUAACAUGGAGAGGAGAGUUGAUUUGGAGAAGAAUUUAGAUAGAAUUUCUGAUUUGCCAAAACCAAUUAGAAGGCAUAUACUUUCAUUUUUGCCAGCUGAUGCUGCUAUUAGAUCUAGCAUUUUAUCGAGCAGUUGGCAGGGGUUGUGGACUGAACUUCCAAAAUUAAAAUUGAGUGAAUAUCAACUAAAAUUUCAAUUUCAUAGGACACUUAUGGUUAAAAAAUUGCCUAAAGGUAUGAAUGACGGUGCUAGAGUGAAGAGAGAGGCAAUUCUUAGGGAGAGGGAGGCGUUUUAUGGGUUUCUUGAUCGGGCUCUUGAGUCGAGUUCGGAUUUCAAGAAGCUUGAUCUUUAUGUUUUUUACUACGGGUUGGAGUUGGAGUCUCACUUGGAUCAUUGGCUAGAAUGUGUUGUUAGGCGUCGUAUUAAAGUAUUGAAAUUGCACUUUAGUUCCCGGAAAAAACCCAGAUAUUGUUUGCCUAAGAUUGUAUUUGGUGCUAAUUCAUCACAAAAUUGCACUUGCAAAAAUGUGAGUUGAAUUCGUCUCGUUUUGUGGAUGCUCAAUUACCUUCCUUACGAGAGAUAGACCUUGAAUAUGUUUAUAUGGAUGAUGGAGUUAUUGGAAGCCUAGCUGCUGUUUGUCCUAAUCUCGAGGUUUUGGAUGUCAUAAGUUGUCGUGGGUUGACAAGAUUUGUAGUCUCUGGUCUCAAUAAGCUCGUAACUAUGGAAUUUGAGACAUCUGCUGAUGUAAUUGAUUUGAUUGAGAUUGAGGCUCCUAAUCUGUUGGAGUUCUUCUAUGUGAAUGAUCGCGAUUUUGAUGCUCAGACAUGUGCAAUCAAGGUGCUAGCCUGUCCAAAGAUGAGACGACUGAGAUUACAUGGUGCUCAAUUGGGUGAUGCUGUUUUUAAACAGAUCUUGAAAAUCUCUUUGUCCUUGAAAAAUUGGUAUUAUAUCGCUGCAAUGGGUUAGAACAUGUUUCUGUUUCAAAUCAAAAUCUUGUCCAUGUCGAGUUUUCCUUCUGUAGACGCGUUAAAAUGGUUGAAAUUGAUGCUCCUAAUCUAAAUUCCUUUCAUUAUUCGAAUGGUUAGCUUAUGACUAUUAAAUCCAAGGGUUGUGCUCUCAAGUUAACCGAAGCAAGCAUUUACGUACAACCAAACAUCAGAGUUGACAACUGGUAUGUUCGUUUCAUCAAGUUUCUUGCAAAGCUUCGUCACUGUGAAAAGUUACAACUUAUUGUUGGUUCUGGAGAGGGAUUUCUGAUCCCUGGAUCAGUGAAGAUGGAAUCCUGCCCUCCCCUGCAUGGAGUCAAAAAUUUGGUGGUGCAGCUUCAUUCAUCAUUACUUAAGUAUGCUCAAGUCGAACUUGUUCAGGCUCUUCUUUGGCUUGCACCAUGCCUAGAGUCUCUAUCUAUCAAUAACGACUCUAAUCCGUACUGCAAGUUUCUUAAGUUCACAUACGAGAAACCAGUGGAAGGCAAGAACUGUGGUUGCUGGAAGCAUGCCCUUACUGAAGUAUCCCUUGAGAAUCGGAGUGGAGACGAAGACGAUACAAAACUAGCAACUUUCUUUUCUAAGGUGAGGGUUGAUGGGAAAACGGUAUGUUUUGUCAAGAAUGUGAGGCCUGGAUGGUAUCGAAGAUAAUGCUGGGCUUAGGUUUCCCCCGUAUUUUCCUGAAUAUAUAAAUGGGGAAGAUGCUUGGAUAUAGUUGGAUCAGAUGGGAAGCAUUUUGGACCAAAGUUUCAGAUCAUGUAUUAUGAGCUUCACUUCUAUUGGUGUGUUUGUAUUUCCUUGGCUUUAUGAGGUUUCCUUAAACAAGUAUUUCUUUUAUUUUUUCCUUUUUUUUGGAACGACUAAGGCUUUGUUGUUGUUGUUGUUUUGGAACGUUGGGUAGACAUUAGACGAUUCCAUCUUUUUAUUUGAUGUAGGGCUUAUGAAGGAUUUGUUGUUUAAGGCUCAUGAACUUACAGCCAACUGUCCGAAUUCUUAAAUGUUGUUGAAACUGUAUCAUAUUUAGAAUCAUGCAGAGAAGCUGAGAAAGUUUCAAACUAUU